CAUGUAGGAAUAUGCUCACACUAAUUAAAAAAAAAUCAAAACAAUAGUUUCUAAGAUUGGAUUAUUUUAAGUUCGCCAUUUGGACAUUUCAAAAGGGAUGUGAUGUAGUGAAAAGAUACAGCUGUAUCCGACACUGUCAAUCUAAAAAUGGCGCACUAUCUAUUCCUUGCUAUAUCUAUGAUCGUUCUUGGUAAUAAGCCUGUCGCUUCUGUAAUUGUUUGGGAUGAAAAUUUUUUGCCGCCAGAUCAAACGAUACUCAUUCAACAAAAGUAUCUCAAAGACAAAUACACUAAGAUCAACGAUAGUCUGGCAGAUUACGAAGCGUUAGUAAAACCGCUCAAGAAGUAUUCCAUAGAUGAAAAAUGCGACAGCGGAAUGGAUUUCGGAGUAGGAUUUCAAGUUUACACUCCAUAUGUAAAUGCAGGCAUGGACUUCGACGGGAAUUCAAUUUUGUCUGGAAUAAUACCGCACAUCACAAGAGAUGCAAUGAGGUUUUGCUGCCCUAAAAGCAAUUUCACAUUUGGACAUCUUUUCGAUUCCAUAUCGGAUAUUGAAGAACAUUUUGAGUCUGACACUGAAAUUGAUUUAUCGUUUCCCGUUUAUGGGCUUGACGGGAAACAUUCGAAAGAAUUUAAAGACUUCCCCUUCAUACCAGUUGUUACAGCACCAAGAAUAGUUUUACUUGUUCCUGACCAAUUAUUCCAGGACUUAAAUACAAGAACCCAGGUGCUCAUGAAAACAAUAUUUAACACUUGGCCGAUGUUAAUCUUCAUUAUAGUGUCGGCUAUGUUGGCUGGUUUGACAGUAUGGCUAUUGGAUAAAAAGAAAAACGCACAAGAAUUCCCACCGACAUUUUUCUCGGGCGCAUGGGAAGGGAUUUGGUGGGCUUUUGUUACCAUGACAACCGUUGGCUAUGGCGAUCGCUCUCCAAAAUCUCUCUACGCUCGUGCAUUUUGUAUCAUGUGGAUUCUAAUGGGGAUUAUUCUAAUUUCACUUUUCACUGGUUUGGUCACAGCAGCUUUAUCAGCAAGUGCGACACCUGUUUUCAAUGUUCCUGGUGCAAAGAUUGGUGCAGUUCGUGGAAGUAUUGAAUAUCAGGUUGGAGUUGGAAUGAAUGCUGAAAUGACUGCAUAUGAAAACCAUCACAAACUGUUAGAGGUUUUAUUAAACAAACGCAAGGUUCUUCACGCAGCAAUGAUUGACAAUUUUAUACUAACAGCAAGCGCUGACGUGCUAAAAAAGAACAAAUUGAGAUUAGUGAGAGAGAUUAGCCACCCAGUCACGUAUGGGAUUGUAAUGGGAUUAAACUCGACCAAAACUGAAAAGUGCUUCCGCAAGUAUGUCAGACAUUAUCCUCAAAAAAUAUUUGAAAUUAUUGCUGAUAAACUUAUUCCAGUUAAGAACCCGACAGAUGAGGUCAGACUAGAAGUCGCUGCAGCAGAAGAAUUAUUUUACGAAGAAACGGUGUUUAAGGCUGUCGUGUAUACAGAAACAGGGCUGUUGGUCUGUGCUUUAUUGCUUGGUGUGUCAUGGGAAAUAUUUGUUCGAAAUAAAGAUUCAGCUGCGUAUCGCAUGGUCGGGAAACUACGUGGAAAACCUUCUUUCAAUGACAGUAAUUUUGACAUGGUAGAGGACACAUCGCAGACAAACGCUAACCAUGUCCAAUCUUCAUCUUCGAAAAUUGAAUCGUUGGUUAAAGAGUAUGACGAAUUUCAUUCGAAAUGGAUUCAACGUGUUCGACAUGUCAACAAAAGAAACGGUAGCACGUCCGAUAAAGUGUUUGUUUAAACAAACAAAAUCAUAGCCAACCAACUAGCUAUUCCACCAAUUUGAAGCUGGUGUUUUGUUUGACCCUUUGUAAUAGAUUGACUUUUUUUGUCUUUUUAUUUUCUUUUUCUUUUGAAAUAAUUCGAAAAAACUGAAACUCAAAAUAAAAUUAGUUCUUAACAUUGGCUGGAAGGAAAUAAACGUUCAUUCUCGACAUUUUGUGUUUGUGUUUCUUCUGGCUUUAGCAACACUAUGAAAGACAUCUCCGCAACCUCGAUCCCAUGGAUUGUUGUCUCUCAUUGGCGCUGUGCUUAUUGAUACUCGCCGUUCGAUAUGCAAAAAGAGACAACAGGUCCUGGCAUCGAGGUUGGCAUCUCUGCAUCUCUUAAAUACUAAGUGAAAAAGCUUUCGCAGACAGUAACUUUCGCGAAUGAACCAUAUUGAGAGUUUUUGCGAAUAUCAACUUCCGCGAAUCCAUGCUUUUGCAAAAUUUCGGGACAGAAACUUUCACGCAUGGUUCUGGCUAUUGAGAAAGCUUCUGCCUGCGAAAGUUUUCCUGUUUCCUGAGAAAGCUUCUGCCUGCGAAAGUUUUUUCACUUAAAGUAAUUGAACUUAAAAAAGUCGUAUUUCCAUGUGUUUACGUGUUAUAUUGUCGGAAUUUUUUUAAAUACAAUUUUUUGGUUAUUGAAUCGAAUUAUAAUUUUUUGGAAUGCAAAUUAAUAACAAAAAUGCCUUUAUGGACUUGAAAUCUCGCGAGCAGAAAUUUGGGAUUAGACUCUUUCCACAAAAGUCCAUUUAUGGAACAUUCGAAAUAAAAAAUCGCAAAAAUUUGUAUUCGCGAAAUUAGAAAACUCAACUCGUGGGGCUAUUUUUCUUCCAUCCCGAAAUUUAAAAUCUGAAAAUACAUCAAAAAUUUGAGCCUUGUCCUACAUUUUUUUUAUUAUUCGCGAUUUUUUUUCUAUUUCUACAACAUUUGCACCACAAUUGUUAAUUCAAGUGGAAACCGACUUAGCCAAAACACAGAAAUCGCCGAACGUCCAACUCAUAUAACUUCUCUCAGUUGGAUUACAACUAAAUGUUUUAUAUAUCGUUGUAGUUUCUCUGUACAUAUUCAAAUGUUUAAAUCUUUGUUAUGUUUUAAACUUGUAAUAUUCUUUUUCACUAAUAAAAUUCAAGUAUUCAUUCUA